AGUUUCUCUGCAAGUGGAAGAGGAGAAGAGAUUGCUGCGAGUAAAGCGCAAUAACUUUUAGGAAUGAAGGAAAAACUUCCAGCAACUUUGAUAAAGUGAAGGUGACUGUAUGGAGGAGAUAUCGGUGGUUUUAUACUCGCUUUUAGACACUUUUCAGGACGUCAGAUUGGACUUCGGCAUACAGCAAAAACUCUGGAUUGUAUAAAAGAAGCUUGGAGAGCAAGGCGGCAGAGCCUGCUCCUCUCUGGCAACUAAACUGCCUCUAUGCACAUCAACCUGAGCGUGACCGUCAAGGAUUCUCGUGCCUUUCAUGGAACUGGGCUCUCAAGUUGCUCUGCUACCGCUGACGCUGUGGUAGAGACAACCAUGGAGUCACCUCAGGUGUUGGCUCCCCCUCCAGGACCCCCACCUCCUCCCCCUCCUCCUCCUCCCCUGCCGCCACCUUUGUCUUCCUCGCCUUUUAGCCGUGCGAACGCCGUCCGUCAAAGUCGUCUGAGGAAGUUGAACUGGGAACGCAUUCCCAAAGAGAAGGUGGAAGGCAGGAAGAGCGUGUGGAGCGGCGCGGCACCCGAUGAGGAUGAGUUCCCCAUAGAUCUGCAUUCUCUAGAUGAACUGUUUGGGCAAAAGGACAGCAAGCCAAGGGACAGAACUGUGACGUUGAGGCGACGGUCUGCACUGCUGCGGUGCAGAUCCCCACAGGACAGCUCGGAAGAGAUUUUCCUGCUGGAUUCCAAACGCAGCAUGAACAUAGGGAUAUUUCUACGACAGUUCAAAAUGCCAGCCAAGGAGAUCGUUGAAGAUAUAAGGCAUGGUGUUGGAGAUCGCUACGGAGCAGAGAAGCUUACAGAGCUCUGCAAACUGCUCCCUGACAGUGAGGAGGAAUGUCGGCUUAGGAGGUUCAGUGGAGAACGGAGCUGUCUUGGAGAGCCUGAUCUUUUCAUGUUACUUUUAGUGGAAGUUCCCAGUUUCCGGCUUCAUCUGGAUGCCAUGAUCCUGCAGCAAGAGUUUGACCCUGCUCUGACCUCUCUGUGUGUGGCAGCCAGAUGUCUGAGGGAGGCGGCUAGAGAACUGCUGAGCUGUCCUGAAUUGCACUCCAUUCUCCGAUUAGUGCUGAAAGCGGGGAACUACAUGAACGCUGGUGGAUAUGCAGGGAAUGCGGCUGGCUUUCGUAUUUCAUCACUUCUUAAAUUAGCAGACACCAAAGCCAACAAGCCAGGAAUGAAUUUGCUGCAUUUUGUUGCUAUGGAAGCUGUGAAAAAAGACCAGAGUUUGCUGUCUUUUCCCAGCCAACUAGGCCACGUUGGCUCCGCCUCCAGACUGUGUGAAGAAUCUGUUCUAGAUGACCUGGCAAAGUUAAAAAGCAGAGUGGCUUCACUCAAGACAAAAAUGGAGAGUGAGACGGAGAUGAAACAACAGACACAAUCUUUUCUAGAGAUGGCUGAAGAGCGUCUGAAAGAAGCAGACGAUGAGGUAGAGGGUAUGAGGAUGUCGAGUCAAGCAUUGAUGGAGUUUUUCUGUGAAGAUGACAGCACUUUCAAACUGGAGGAGGCCUGCAGGGUCUUCGAUUUGUUUUGUCAUCGGUUCCAAAGAGCUGUUCAGGAAAAUGAAGAACGGGACCUAAAGGAGCAGAAACGUAUAGAACGUCAACGUGAAAUUGUGGAAAAGCGUCGCUCUCUUGCAGUUUGUACAGGACUGGACGUAGGCCUGAGUCUUGCCAGAGAACCUCACUGCCAAGAAAGCCAAGAUGAAUUGGAGAGACUUUUAGAGAAGAAUCUGAGCUGCACUUGGAGUCGCCGUAGUCUUAGAUCCUGUGAUUCUCGCAGAUUCACUCACCACCUGCAAAAGGAUACUCAUCUCAACAGCUCAGCUAUUUUGAAGAGCUUCCCAGUUUUGGGUAGUAGCCCAACAUCCGUUGGUUUUCACUCAAACAGCUCCUCAGACCAUGAGAGCAGUGCUUUACUUUGCAGCUCACCAGAGAACGCUGGUGGAUGUCCCUCCUUUAACCAAGAGUCUCUUCUUGAAACAGGAAUCUUAACACCGAAACAGAGGAUGGAAGCAGUUAAAGACUCCCGCAUUGCAGUAUUUAACUCCUCUCAACACGGAAAAAGCUUCACCCUGAAGCAAUAUGGGUCUGAGAGCAUUUCUUACUCACUACGUGAACAGCUAAAGACGACAGAACUUUUACAAGAGACUGAUUUUUCUCCUAAACACCUGGCUUUGAACACUACUAGUACAGACUCUGUUUCUUUGAGUGCCGUUGCAUCAGCUCAAGGGGUUAAAAAACAGACCUCCACGUACAAAAAGACUCUUACUGACAGUAAUUGCCCUGCUCAGUGUAAAUCUGGAAGUCCUUCAGUUCCUGACUCUGUUAACAAAAGUGGAAAACUUUGUGACGUAGAUACAAAAAAGACUGCUAGCAAAUUAAAAUCAUCCACAGAGGAAGUACCAUCCCAGCCACAGACCAAGUACAGCCCAGGACCUAGACACUCCAACACGUCUGUACCUGAUGGAGGUUUAACAAAAGAUGGAGAAACUGGACUGGUUUUAACUCUGCUGAAGGAGGACUGGAUGCCCUCUAGUCUGCCAGACUUGGGUCAUUCACAGCCAGAGGAGGCUUCUGAUUUGCCAGCCCCUGAUAAAGAAGCUGUCAGCUCAUUCUCACGUGUGGGUGAAACACUGGAGUGCCACACUCUGGUAAAAGGUCUGAGGUCCUACGAGACGAUAUCUCCCCCAACCUCACCUCUCCCACGACCCUUACCGAGCCUUUGUUCUAAGUGGAGGAAGGAGAGAGAGGUUGUCCUCAAUGAGGGGACUACUUCAGUGCCUGCAGCAUCAAAGGAGGAGGCUAGAUCAACGAAGACCCCAGUGCGUAGUGGCAUCGGGGCAAAGAGGGGGCUUGUGUCACGAACACUGCCUUCAAACGGCACAGGAAUUCCCAGAGUGCGCUCCAAAACUGAGCCUUCAAACGGAGCGCCAACACCUACUAACCCAACACUUCUAACACGUCCGUCCACUCCACGCAGGGCUCCUUCCAUUGAAGCAGCUGGAACUCAGGUUGAGGUGAAACGAAGUACAAGUACACGGGAGAGAACUGCAAAUGAGUCACAAGUUACAGAGAAGUCCACUUUGACUCGGAGGUAUUCGGACAGGUAUCCUCAAGAGAAGGGCCCUGGCAGAACCCAGUUGGCCUUUGUCAGAGGGGCUACCACUCGUGUGUCCAAACGCGUGGCUCCAAACUCCGAGACCCAGCCACUGUCCCAAUCACGGACUGCCACCAGCCCAUCCUCUGCCACUGCUAAGACCAUACGCACAGCUGUCAUUUCAGCUGCCCGCAGUAAAACAGCCAAGACGACACCCUGCACAGAUGCUUCGCCUGCUGACCCUAAAAACAUGGCGUCUUCACGGAUACCUGGUCUCAAAAUGCCCAAGGCCACUGCAGCUCAGCCCCUGUGGAGAUGACUGAAGGACCGCUUGUCAAAUUCCUCAUAUCUACAUGGAUUUCUGGUAUUCUUGAGUUGAAAUUAAACCUCAGGUUAAUAUGAGUUAACCUUAAGUGUUUUUUUUCCCCCUUCAUUUUAGGGCCUAGAUUACAUUUGGAUAAUUACGCACAGAGAGCUUUGGAGAUACUUUAUGUAUUGUAUUUCACAGUAUAUCUGGGUAGUGCAUUCUCUACAAUCUACCUCUUUUUACACCCAUUUGUGUCCUUUGCAGGCAGUAGGACAACAAUAGAAGACUUCUUCUUGUAGAAAUGCCUUAGAAAGACAAAGAACUAUGGGAAGUUGUUUUAACCAAUAUUCUGGGUGGUAAGGUAGUUUACAAAAAAGUGAUCUAUGUUAUGAAAACUUUGGCCCUAUACCUAAAUAAUCAGUGUUUUCAACUGAACCUGGUACAAUAUACAAAAGUUAAUUGUGUUGUUGAUUGCCUCAUCACAAAGCUGCACUUUAGAAACUGAAAGAGGCAUGAUUAGAUGGUUACUUUGAUUUUUUAUAUAUAUAUAUAUAUUUACAAAUCUAUAACUUUAUUGAAUUUAAUUAUUCACAUUGAGAUUUGUAUUUGUAAAAAAGAGAGUGAA